CAAACAGGAAGUGCUCCCAGUAAAGAUCUGCACGGACUGCAGUGUACGAAGUGCAGAAAUGGCUUUGGCUGGAGUUAGAGUUUUAGAAUUAGCUGGCUUGGCACCUGCUCCAUUCUGUGGAAUGAUAUUAUCAGAUUUUGGUGCCCAAGUUAUUCGAGUGGAUAAAAUCAAUUCUUCUCACUUCCCAAUGGAUACUAUGGGUAGAGGCAAGAGGUCGAUAGCAUUAAACCUAAAAAGCUCGAAUGGAGUUGAUAUUCUGAAGAGUCUAUGCAAGAAGUCUGAUGUCCUUCUUGAACCAUUCCGUCAUGGAGUGAUGGAAAGUCUAGGGCUUGGUCCUGAGGUCCUACUUAGUGAAAAUCCAAAACUAAUUUAUGCAAGACUAACUGGAUAUGGCCAAUCUGGAAAAUAUGCAAGAUCUGCGGGCCAUGACAUCAAUUAUGUCUCUCUGUCAGGUUUGCUAUCGAAGCUUGGAAAGAAACAUGAGAACCCCGUGUCACCCCUAAAUCUACUUGCUGACUUUGCUGGUGGGGGUGUUAUUUGUGCAUUAGGAAUUACAAUGGCUUUGUUAGAACGGGUACAAUCAGGACAAGGGCAGGUGAUUGAUUCAAGUAUGGUUGAAGGAGCAGCUUAUCUUGGUUCUUUUGUAUGGAAAUCUCAAAAACUGGGUCUGUGGAGUAGAUCAAGGGGAGAGAAUCUACUCGAUGGUGGAGCUCCUUUUUAUUGCACAUACAAAACCUUGGAUGGAAAGUAUAUGGCAGUAGGUGCUCUUGAACCACAAUUCUACAAGGAACUGUUGAAGGGGCUUAAUCUCGACUCUUCAGAUCUUCCCAGCCAGAUGAGCUUCUCAGAUUGGCCUGAAAUAAGGAAGAUAUUUACGGAAACAUUUGAACAGAAAACUCAAGCAGAAUGGUGCCACAUAUUUAAUGGGACUGAUGCGUGCGUAACUCCUGUUGUGUCCUUGAAUGAAGUUACAGCACACCAGCAUAAUAAGGAGAGAGGAUCUUUUAUCAUUAAUGAUCAAGGGGAAGUAAGCCCUAGGCCUGCCCCAGUUCUCUCCAGAACACCUGCAGCUCCCGAUGCCAGCAGGGAUCCAUUUGUAGGAGAACACACUUAUGAAGUCCUGUCAGAAUAUGGUUUCAGCGCUAAAGAAAUUUCCAAUUUUCAGACUUCUGGAGCAAUUGCGUGUAACACACCAAAGAGUCAAUUAUAAAAAUGAAAUAACAUUGGUAACCCUUUCAUUUAUAAGUGCAAUUGUUAAAUAAUUAAGGUGAUUAUUUGAACUCUAUAAUAAAUUAUAUUGAGAUUAUUUAUAUAAACUCAAGGCCUUAUGUGGGUCUGAUAUGAAUUGUACAGCAAUUUU